AUGGUCUACAUCAUGAAAAUCUACAUCGAUGGCGGCUGUAGAGGCAACGGAACACCGAGUGCGAUUGGUGCCGCUGCCGCCGUUUUCAUGAACAGAUGGGGUCGCUACAACAAGGGCCUUACGAAAGCGCUUAACCCAUGGCCUCGACCGACAAGCCAACGAGCUGAAAUCGAAGCUAUUAUCCUAGCACUGAAACGAGCCUUGGAGCGAUAUGAAGGGCUUAACAACGACCCACGGCUCAGGGUGACAAUCUAUUCUGAUUCGACAUAUGCGGUUAACUGUAUGACACAGUGGAUCCCCAGAUGGAUUAAGAAUGGCUGGUCAAAUUAUGCGGACAAUGAGGUUGCGAAUCGAGAUCUGCUGGAAGAGGCUUUCAAUCUGAGUAAUAGAUUGAAAGAGGAGGGAAGGGUUAAGUACGUCUGGAUUCCGAGGGAGGAAAAUGCGCAUGCAGACAAAAUGUGCAAUAAGAACAUGGACAACCAAUAG